AUGCAGAUUGAGAUUGACCAUCUUAACAAUGAGCAUCUUGAAUCUGUUGAGAGUUAUUACGACGAUGCACCCUGUUACAUUCAAGCACUUCAAUUUAAAACCAAUUUCAAGGUUUCCGAACUGAUUGGAUAUGGCAAGGGUACCAAAUUUUCACUUUCAGUCAAGGGAAAGAUUAUCAUUGGGUUUCAUGGAUAUAUAAAAAGCCAGAACAAUCCACUAGUAAAAUCUCUUGGAGCAUAUUUCACAUGGAUUCCUGAUUGUAGAUUAGAAGCAAAAGGCAGCAAGGGAGGCAUACAAUGGGAUGAUGGAGCAGACCAUGAAGGUAUAACAAAGAUUCAUGUAAGAGGUGGUUUUGAAGGCAUUCAAUACAUCAAGUUCGACUAUGUCAAGAGUGGACAGCCUAAAAUUGGCUCAGUCCACGGUCUCUCGGAGGGUUACUAUGAUGACGAGUCUACAGCCAUUCAAGCACUUCAAUUCAAAACUAACAUAAAGACUUCUGAGCUGCUAGGAUAUGAAAAGGGUAAGAAGUUUUCACUUGCAGACAAGGGAAAGAAAAUUAUUGGGUUUCAUGGAUAUGCUGAGAAGAACCUCAUUUCUCUUGGAGCAUAUUUCACAACAGUUUCUGUUACUAAAUCGGUAUGUCACGGUAGUAAGAUAAUCGAGUCUUGGGAUGAUGGUGUUUUUGACGGCAUAAGAAAGGUGUAUGUUAGUUAUUCUAUCAAUCAUGUAGCGUGUAUCACGUUUGAGUACAUCAGUAAUCACUCAGUUGUGAAGCGUCAGCACGGGAAUAACACAUCAUUAGUAGAAGAGUUUGAGUUAAACUAUCCCAAUGAAUUUAUCACAUCUGUGGAUGGUACUUUCAAAAACUCUGGCAUGAGGAAAGUGAUGUGCGUUACGUCUUUGGUUUUCAAAACAUCAAAAGGGAGAAUUUCUCCGACAUAUGGAAGCGUGACUGGGACUAAAUUUGUGUUGGAGACCAAAGAUUGUGCUCUAGCUGGGUUCCAUGGAUGGACUUUUCUUGGUUUUCUUACUGCUAUUGGUGCAUAUUUUUCUCUGCUGCCUUGUCCUCCUAAUGCGGAGAAACUAGAAGCACGAGGUUAUGAUCGAGGAGCUUUUUGGGAUGAUGGUGUUUACGAUGGUGUUAGAAAGAUAUAUGUAGGACAAUGUGAAAAUGGUAUCGCAUUCCUCAAGUUCGUUUACGACAAGGACACUCGGAUGGUUAUUGGAGACGAUCAUGGAAACAAAACACCACUUGAAGUCAAAGAGUUGGACCUUGAGUAUCCUGGUGAAUAUGUCACAGCGGUGGAGGGCUGUUACAAUAAAGGAAUUGAGGGUGACGUGGAAUCUAUAACCAUGCUUAAGUUUAAGACUAACAAACGAACAUCUAUAUCCUUUGGAUUCGAAUCUAGUUCAAGCUUUCUACUCGAGAAAGAAGGCUUCAAAAUCGUUGGGUUCCAUGGAAAAGCAAGUAACAUGAUUCAUCAGCUUGGGGUUCAUGUCAUUCCCAUCACCCACUGA